UUGUAAUUCGGUACAUACUAAGGACCAGGUGAGUUACCUCGAAGCUCCUAGUUUUGCUACCGGAGACGUUGUAGUGGAUUGAUACAACUCACAGGGAAUAACUAGAUGUCAGCGCAAUCAUCAUCCAAGGAUGGCCACAAUAGUGACAAAACCAUCAGGGGCUCUACGUGAGGGCAGCCAUCAGGUUAUGGGAAGAGGUGUCAGACAGAGAGGGCCCCUGUUGUGGACAGGAGCGGCGAGCGGAGGAUCUUCCUGAAAGCCCUCUCGGCGACCAUCGUUAGGCGUCGCCAUCAGGGCGACAUCGUGCUGGCUUUGAUCUAUCAUUCUGACGAUGAGCACUGCUCUCCUAGAAGCAUUCAAAUUGAGGACUUCGACCCACUGCCAUAGAUCCAGAUGCCUCUAUCCUUGCGCUGCACCUGCUCUGCCUCUUAACUUUCACCCACAGAACUUGGACUUUGCGUCGCUGCUUGGACACUACCCAAAGGAGCGAGCCAAGCAUGUCAGGAUUUGAUACUCGGUGAACCGCUUCUCCACCGAAUACUAAACUCCACAUGGCUAUUCGCCGGCUAAGAAGACAUGCCCGCAACAACGGAUUUCGUCCAGUCCCGAACCCUCGUAUCCGGGGCCAAGUGCCAGCCCCAAAAGAACUGCCCAGAACCAUGCAGAUACUAGUGACCACCAGCAAGACAUUCACGGUAGAGUUGCUGGAAUCGAGCACCAUGCGAGACUUGAAGGAGAAGAUCGAAGACGUGGAAGGCACUCCAGCUGAGCACCAAUUCCUCGUCUGCCUCUCUCGCAACAAGUUGUUGCAAGCCGCAGACGGCGAUCAGUUGACGAAGCUGGCAGACAUGGGUGUGCACAAUGGGUCCACCCUGCAAAUGGUGGUUUACACGGGUCCUAGAGAGUAGAUUUCAGCUCAUGGCCACCGCCUCUUCAAAGCAUUAACUCUCAUGUAGGUUCGCAAAUCUGCAGUAAACACUACCGACGGCUACCAGAUAGGAAAUGAAGUUGUCGAUGGCGAAAGGUCUGCCACGAGUUCAGUAUCCUUCUCCGCAAUAACCAGUUUCAUAGAAACUUGUUCAGUAACUUCUACCAAGCAGUUUGAUAAGAUUUAGAUGAUGGAUGUUGCCGUAGAUCAAUGGAGGUGCGAGAGUCUGCAGUGGUGAGUUUAGCUUGCCUUCAGUGUGUCUGAGGUCUGAUCUGAGAGCUAAAUCACUCAUUCAGAUUUGUCACAUUACAACAUAUAAUUGAUUACCACUCUUGGAUGUGGCCAGAGUGCUUCAUUCUGGUUUCUGUUCCUCAGAUUCUUACAUCAA